AUGAACGGUAGCGACUUGAGAUCUAUAUCAGAAGACUCGAAUUCAGCAAACAAAAAGCAAAAGGUUUCACAUGGCGAUGAUCAACACGACAUUUGGGAUUCUAUCAACCUGGAAAAACUCGAUAUCAAAGCUCUCUAUCAAUACAUAAAAUCAAGAGACAACAGGGUCGACAUAUUAAACAGCGAUGGGUACAGUUUGCUCUAUUUAGCAGCAUACAAUAAGAGUGCAGAGGCGCUGCGUAUCUUGCUGUUGCAGCCAAACAUGGAUGUGAACCAGUUAAAUGGACCCCAUCAUGAAUUGGCCUUACACGCUGCAUGCUCGAAAGGCCUCUUUGACGCAGUGGAGCUUUUGAUUGAAAAUGGGUCUCUGCUUGAUGUCAAGGACUCACUGGGCCAUACACCGCUAACAAACGCUAUAUUCUCUUGCUCUUUGCCAUGCGUUGAAUUGCUGAUUGAGAAUGGAGGACAAGGAGCCGAUACAUCCGUGACCGAUGAACAAGGCAACACAUUGCUUCACCUGGCUGCCACCAACAACUUUACUGUAGCAAUUCCUCUGCUCAUCUCGAAAGGAGUACCCGUAGACAGCCUCAACCAACGAGGACUAUCACCAUUGGCAGUUGCUAUCAGUUUUGGAUACAUCGACGUAGCACUAGCGCUAAUAGAUGGAGGUGCAAAUGUGAAUGGCAAAACUCGAUUUGCGACCGUACUGCACCACGCUGUUACUUGGAAUCGACUUGAAAUUGUCAAGAAGCUUGUCGAGUGUAAAUGCGAUGUGAAUGUUUUCAACCUCCUUGAGGAAACACCAUUGUAUCUAGCAGUUCAACAGAGGAAAAUCGAUAUUGUCCAGUUUCUGAUCAACGAUGCAAAAGCUGAUCCAUGCUACAUGCUGAAUAACCCAGCAAAUACCACCAAUUUACCGCUAUUAUAUGCAGCUAAUCAUGGGUAUACAGAAAUGUGCAAAAUCCUAUUGACACCAAACACUUCCAACUUCUUUGUCCAAACGGCAGCUGACAUGAGUAGACGAGUUGGAUUUCCAGCUACCGAGAAGGCUUUAAGAGACGGCUUACAGGGCAGAUCAGAACCCACAACGCCUUCUGUUGCGGCAUCCACUGUGGAAAAGGAUGAUGAAGUAGCAUUUGCAUCGCUCUUUAACACCUUUAGCGAUGACGAAGACUAA